CUACAUAUUUAAAGUUGUGAACUUUUAGCGUAAAGAAAUUGAACCACAGCGGAUUGUUUUACACGUAUUCUAUAUUUAACGUUGAAACGUUGAUAUUUUACAUGUGUUUGUUAAAAUUCUUCCUUCCUGGAUAUAUAAUAAUGCUGUAGAUUAGAGUGCAAAUUUAACUCAAAACAAAAAGAGUAUAGAAUCAAAGCAUUUGAAAGAUAUGGAUUCAGAGACAGAAACGUACUCUUAUUUCAAGUUUGCUAUCGUGACAACUGUCUUUACUUUAAGGUAGUUAUGCACAAUAUUUUAUGAAUAAAUGGCAACCCGUGAGUAAAUUUAUCAAAGCGGCUACAUUACUAUCUUUCUAAAGCAACAAAUAAUGAUUUUAAAAUGUUUGACAAGUUCAGUAAUUUCAUAUAAUGUCUCAAAAUCACCGUGUAAUGCGCGGAUCUCUUUAAUCAUGGGCAAAUAUCUCAAAACCAAGGACCUAUGCAUUUUAUUUCAUUUUAUCAUAGAUCAAAUAUUUAUUGAAGAAUGUAAGAAGUUUCAUGUGAUUUUCCCAUAUACGUUUAUUAAGAAAACUUGAGUGAUUCCAGAUUAGCAAAAAGUCAAACGCACGACACUAUCUUUUCUGAUAUUUUUUCUAAAAUGAGGGUUUCAUCAAAUUUUACCUUGUAGAAAAAAUGAUGCAAAUGUGCAGAACUACCUUAAAAGCAGACGAUGACUCGGCUAUUUUAUUACAAGAGACAAUAGUUAUCAAAUAAUGUCAAAAAGCUUUCUACCUUGAUAUUCUGUUUAGGGUAUAAUGUAACUUUAGUGUCACUAGAUAUAAAAAUACUUUGAAUAGCAUUCCACUUUUAAAUUCCCGUUAUCAAGCUAAACAGAUUUUUAAGGUAAAAGAUUUUCGUGAGACAUACAGAUGAAAGAAAUUUAAUGUCUUCUGGACAGUUGUUGUAACAAUAUAAACAUGGAAAAAAUAAUAGAAGGAAACACAAUUUGUAAACUUCCACUACGACAGGCAACAUCCAUCAAAGAGAAUUCAUGUACAGCCUGUACUCAAACUGUAUGUGAUAGCAGAGAGUACCAUGAACAGCAACAUGCAGAGAAAGGAAGCGCCCAUUUUGCAAAGACAACACCCUCCCACGUGAGAUACUGUGGGGGAAAUUUAAAUGAAAACAUAUUGCCAGAAGAAGCUGUAAAGCUUACUGAUGAUUAUGAAACUUCAAAUGAUGAAACAGCCAAUGUGGAUUUGAAUGAUAAACCACGUGAAGUUCAUGAAAGGAUAGUGACGAUGGGAGCGGAUACAACAAAUGGAUUCAGGUGGCGGGAAAUGACGUGUGAACAGAUUGCAAUAAUAUUGGCUAUUUAUUUCACUUAUUUAAUCACCUGGCUAAAUUUAUCAAUUCCGGCACCAAUCUUUCCAAAAGAGGCAAACAGAAAAGGUGUAAAUGCAACGGUAUCAGGAUGGAUAUUUGGUGUGUUUGCGCUUGUACAGUUUAUUGUUUCUCCAUUUUAUAGACGAUUGUUGUCUAAAUUUAGUUCUAGAUCCUUGUUUGUUUUGGGAUUGCUUGUCUGUGGAGGCUGUACAAUAAGCUUUGGUCUUCUUAGCUUGAUAGAUACCACAGACGGCGUUGCUUUGUAUAUACUACUAUGUUUUCUGGUGCGAAUACUAUUGGCUGUAGCGUCUUUAGUACUUAGCGGUACCGGACUUGUGAUGCUAGUGCAGUACUUUCCUAACAAUAUAGCAACACUAUUCGGUAUCGGGGAGAUUUUCACCGGAAUGGGAUUAGUGGCAGGUCCCGCACUAGGUGGAUUCCUAUAUACUACUGGUGGAUAUAUUUUACCAUUUGCUACAUUAGGAACUAUCGCAAUAUUAGCUGUACCUUUCUACUGGCUAUUCGUUCCACAACAGAACGUGACACCUGCUGUCGAAGACGUGGAGCUGUCAAUGUUAAAGUUGCUUUUACACCCAAAAUCAAUUGUAAACACGAUAGUUAUUGUCCUUUUGGCAGUAUCAUGGACUGUCCUGGAACCGACACUUGAGCCUCAUCUAAGAGAGCAUGACAUUCAGCCUGAAAUAGUUGGAAUAAUGUUCCUUGUCAUGGGAGCAUUUUACAGCACAACAUCUCCUAUCUGGGGACGACUAGCAGACAGAAUGACUGAAAAUAGAAUUAUGAUUGUCAUCGGUUUAAUACUACUUACCCUUGGUUUACUUUGGUUAGGGCCUUCACCGCUUCUUCCAUUUUCCGUGAAAUAUGAAUUUGUAUGGUAUACCGCCAUAUCUCUGGGAAUAAUUGGAACAGCUUAUGGUAUAUGUGUUGUACCCACAUAUAGUAUAUAUAUUAGAGUCCUCAGAGAAAUAUAUUAUCCACAAAAUAACUCAUCCUACGGAAUGGUGUCAGGUCUAUUUUUAUCUAUGUAUUCGUUAGGCAAUUUUAUUGGUCCAAGUCUUGGAGGGUUCUUGUUUGAUUGUAUCGGGUUUGAAUGGCUGGUUACCAGUAUUGCUGUGGCAUGCUUAUUCACGUAUCGGUAUAUGAGAUGUAAAAGUACCAGUGAAUAG